AUGAGGUUGACUCCUCCUCCUCCUCCGCCCCCUCCUCUGCCAAACACCAACACAACCGGCAACCCCACGGUUGUCAAUGACGCUCUUGAAAGAGUCCUGAACAACGACCCAGAACUCACAGAGGUCAAUCUCAACAACAUUGAUGAUGCCUCACAGACAAGUUGUCUUUGGUUCAUUAGGAAGGAAUCAAACAGUGCAGAGUUCAUGGAGAUAAUGGCAGCCAUUCAGAAAGAUGAUGCGUCCGUGCUUCAGGAGCUGUCAGCUUGUGCUUCUGCCUUCAGAGAGACAGACUCCAGGGGCCUGCCUCUGCACGCCGCGGCUGUAAAACUGCACACAGAGCUCCUGCAUGUGGUUCUGCAAGACAAAUGUCUGGCAGUACUAACACCCACAGAUGUGACCCUGGAGCAGCCGACGGAGGACGGGGACACCGCUCUGACUCUGGCGGGGGCUGGCUUGGUGCAAAAUGUCAAGCUACUGUUACAGUACGGGGCUUCGCCGCACAACACCAACAGCAGGAACGAGUCUCCCCUAUUGCUAGCAGUGAGGCAGCGCUCCUAUGACAUGGUUCAGUCUCUCAUUAUGGGAGGGGCCUUUGUGCAACAGGUGUGUCUCCAAAACUGGACCGUCACCCAUGAAGCUGCAAAGGUGGGGUGUCCAACCAUUCUGAGGUUCUUGCUUCGACAUGGAGCCAGCGUCAAUGUUCGAGACGGCCACGGGGUGACACCUCUGGGGAUCGCAGCCGAACACAGCAAUGCUAAAGCUUUGGCUAUUCUGAUACAACAUGGUGGUGACGUGAAUGCCCAGGCCAACAAUGGAGACACAGUGCUGUAUGAUGCUACUGGAUCUGGAAACCUGGACUGUGUCAAUUUGCUCCUGGAGCAUGGAGCCAACCCAAAUGUAGCCAGCUACGCCUGCCAGCUGCCCAUCCACAGAGCUGCUUAUGAGGGACACUUGCUUGUCCUGAGGACUCUCAUCCCCCUGACUACAAAGAAAGCCAUCCGUCUGUCCGGCCAGAGUCCUGUCCAUUCAGCCGCUGACGGGGGCCAGGCCGAGUGUCUGGAGUUGCUUAUCCAGAAGGAUUUCAACGUCAAUGCCCUGCUGGAAAUGCACAUCUCUGAGAACUACGGGGACUUGAGGAAAACGCCACUGUACUUCACUGUUACAAAUGAUGAUGUAAUCUGUGCUGAGAUGCUGCUGGCAGCUGGAGCAAAUACUGACCUGGACCCACUAAGGUGCAUUCUGGUGGCCAUACGAGCUGAGAGUUAUGAACUGGUGCGUCUGCUGCUGUCCUACGGCGCCGAGGUUAAUUGUUACUUCAGAGUGAUCAGUGAUACCAUCUUCCCUACGGCCUUGCAGUAUUGCCUGAGAGACCAUGCCAUGCUGCGAUUGCUGCUUAACAAUGGAUAUCAAGCCGAUAAAUGUUUCCACUGUUGUCAUGGUAACAACAGGGAAGUGGACAACACUUGGAGUGAGCGCCAUGAUCAAGCCUACCAAACUGACACACAAUCUAAAGUCAUUUCUUUCUGUGAGUUUGUGUCGGUGUCGUGGCUCGCACACCUGGUGGGCGGCCUAGUGAUGAUGUUCCUAGACUACGUGGGUCACGUUAGCAUCUGUUCACAUCUCAAACGCAUCCUGCAGACGAGGCCAGAGUGGGAUGAAAUUUGUGACAUACUGGGUAAACCGCGGUCUUUGCAGCACUUGUGCCGUUUGGUAAUCAGAGGUCACAUGAAACUCAGGACGCUAAAUGACCCCAAAGCCAUGGCUGCUGCCCCCUUUCCUCCGCGACUGAAGAGCUAUAUGACCUACGCCGAGUAUGACCCGUGCCUCUGAUUGAAAAAACAAACACGACAGUCUUUGUAUAGUUUCUCUGAAAGUUCCGUUGUAUUUUUGCACAGUUUCAUAUGAUGUCUGUGACUAUAUAAUCGCGAGAAUUUCUAAUAUGAAUUUGUGUAUUUCAUUUGGUUUGUUUAGCAUGUGCACCAUCUUGCUAUUGUGGUUGCAAUGACACAGCUAAUAAUACAGUUAGCUUGCUAACGUGCUAAGUGAAAAGUUAAUCAUGACAAUGCUAAACUGAUAAAAUGCUAAAAGCUAAACACAACCACUAACUGCUAACUUUUAUUACAUGCAAUUCUUUGUAGAAGUACCAUAUAUAGAGCCGUAAUUAAAUAUUUUUGGACAUGAAGAAACAAAACUAAACAAAAACACAACAAAAACUGUUUUGGCUUCAGAUUUUUAGCUCAGUGGAGCACAAUCAAACCAAUCAAGUUUCAAUCUGUAGUCACUUGAAUACCGUGUUUAAAGAAGUUCAGACGUGAUUGAAGCUGUUAAGACUACGAAUACCCAGAAAUUACUGCAUGCUAUCAAAGAUGUUGAGAAUUAGGUUUUGGCGGCCAUAACUAUUAUAUAUAUGUAGAGAAGAAGUGACUAUGGUGCUUCAAAACGUGCACCAUUUUGCUAUUCGGGAUUAAACGGGAACCGUAAUACGUUAUUCAAAAAGACAGCUUCACAAAUUAGCGGUUAAAUGAGUGUGUCACAUUACAUGCCUUUUUUUUUUAACUUGAACUCCUAGCUAGCUACAUUCUAUGGGGUAAAUGCACCUUUGAUUUCUGUUUCUAAACUAAAGAAUAGCAUGUAUGUUGAGCAAAUCUUCCAACACAACAGUGAAAAUAUGUCAAUAUACUAUUUUGGACAAUUAUUCCUUCAACUGAGAGUGUAGUUUUUAUGUAUUAUGUAAUCACCAGUUGUGACCUUUGUUGACUUUCAAAGGGUCUCUGUGUAUCUCUGUCACAUGUUUUGAUCAUCCAGACCCAGCCACAUGUUCCAUAUUUCAGUCUGACACACAUUUGUUGGAAGCAUCACAAUCUGAGAACUUGGUGAGGAUAUAUAAUAUCUGCGUAGUGUUCUUGUUUUGUCCCUCACGAGGAUAUAUAAUAUCUGCGUAGUGUUCUUGUUUUGUCCCUCACGGUCAGCUGGUCUUUUCCUGGCUAUGAACAAUGCCACUCAGGCUGUGUUGACAGACUGCCGCCUUGUCAGGCCGCCGGCUCUGAUCUCACGGUCUUUUUGUGGCUCCAUCUC